CCUGGAUUUGUUAACAGCUAUAUUAGCUAGACCAACUCUAAAUAUUUUGGUAUUGUCUAGUAAGAUAUUUGGAUUAAUAAUCGAUAUUAUUUCGGCUAACUUUGACUUCUCAGUAUUAGAAUCGUUAAAUUCAGCCAGAACAAAGAUCAUAACAUUCUUCUUUCGGUUUUAUCUAUCGGCCAUUUCUGCAAUUAUCUGAUUAAAAUAUGAAAUGUUUUCGGAAUUGUCUCUUUGACUGCUUACAUUAGUUGCAUUUAGCUGUUCUAGGUCCCUUUUCAUUUCAUCUACUUCUGGUGUAGCUUCAUUAGCUUGUGAUGAAGUUUUGUCCAGUUUUGUCUUCAAUUCCUCAACAGUCUCUCUGAGUGUUGUUAUUUCUUUUUCUAAUACCAUUAUUUUCUUUUUCCACGAUGCUUAAAUGCUUUGCAACAGUCAUCGCAGAAGAAAAUGACGACCCUUUGUUUCUGCAGAAGCAUAGCCCUGUGCUCAAUUGGAGUCACAAUACUGCAGGUUUUGGUUAUAUGAAAAGGAAUCUUACAGCAAUCGCAAAAAUGUAGUCUUCUGAAUCAUCAAUGCCUUUACUACAAGUUACACGAGUAAUUAGCGGUAUUGCGGAAUGAAUUAAGUUAUUUAUUAUAAAUUUUCUGUUAAAAUAUUUAGUACGCCACUGGACAACUAAAAUCUAUUUAUUAGUUCCUUUAUCUUAUCUUCAUCUAUUUAAAACAAAAAAGCAGUUCUUCACUUUAAUGAUUAAAGUUUGUUUCAGUAACAACUUGUUAUUAUUAUUAUUUCACAUUAGAGAUUAUAAGAUGGGUGUGUAAACAUUUUACCAAUAUACGUACCUGGAAAACAAUGAAUGACUCAUUUGUUUAAAUUCUUCAUAUGAUUCAGGCAACAGGAGAGAGUUCAAACCAGAACAAAUCUAGUCGCGGUCGCUUAGAAGCAAGUUUCGCGCCAUUAUUUAGCGAAAAAAUCAUCACAUUUUCUUUUAGGCAGGUUGAUUUAAUUGAAAUGGUAUGGUUUAAUGGGAAGCCUAGGCACUUACCUACUGCCACCGGACCAUUUAUUCCAGGAUGUUCGGACAUUAUGUUGGAUUACAAUAAAACUGGAUUAUUUUUAAGACUAUUUUAUCCAACCAAUGUCAAAAAAACUGAUGAUGAAAAUUGGAGCAAGUGGAUACCAUGGCUUCCAAACCAUUUAUAUUUAAUUGGAAUGUCUGUAACUAUAAAAGUACGUCUGUAUUUACUACGUCUGAUAUUUUGGUGGUAUGGUAAUUAUCACAUACCAGUUUUGUAUGGAGAAAAAGUAAAGACCGAGGAAAAUAUGAAAUGCAUAAUUUUUUCUCAUGGCUUAGGAGGUAGUCGAUUUUUGUAUUCCAAAAUAUCCAUUGACUUAGCAUCACAUGGAUUUUUGGUUGCAUGCUUAGAACAUAGGGACAAUUCCUCUUGUCACACCUAUUACUAUAGCAGCCAAGAAGAUGCUGCAGAGAAUAAGAAGACUGUUAUAGAUUUUCAACAUAUACCAUUCGGGGAAAACCACUAUGAAAAACGAAAUGCACAAAUAAAACAAAGAUCUAUAGAAUGCAUAGAGACAAUCGAUUUUUUUAAGAGGUUGAAUAGCGGCACAGUACCAAAAAAUAUUUUGGACGAUGUUGAAGAAAGAAAAGAUAAUAAUUUUCGUUUGGAUGAUCUAGUAGGCAAAAUAGAUAUUAAUAAUUUUACGCUAUUUGGUCAUUCUUUUGGAGCGGCUACAGUUUUAUAUACUUUACCUAAGAGAAAAGAGAUUAAACAAACCGUGUUAUUAGAUCCGUGGAUGUUCCCUAUAAAAAAUGAAAACAUCCACGAAAUUGUCGAUAUACCACUACUGUUUGUCAAUACUCAAACUUUUCAUAUAGAUUCAAACGUCAAAGCAAUGGCUAAGUUUAUGACAAAGAAUAAUAGAGAGAUGUAUACUAUUCGUCAGAGCACACACGAAAACCAGACUGAUACUGUCCUUAUCAGCAGGUAUUGGUUGAAUUUAUUUAUGAAAAAAAUAGACCCUCAACAAGCAAUGAGAAUUAAUAAUGCUCUUGUUUUAAAAUUUCUUCAUCAGUUUGUUAAUACUCCUGCGGAUGUAGAACAAUAUAAAUCCUAUUUACAUCAAAAUGCGCAACAUUUUGAAGAAGGUUUAACCAAACCAUGGAAGAAAUAAAUAUAUUAUUGUAACAAUUUAAUAAAAUAAUCGUUUUUUUUUUCAAUUUGAAUCUAUUUUAUUAUUAUUUAUAUUAUUCUUUGAGCAUUUGCCAAAACUUGGUACGAAUCAGAACCAUAGACAUCACAAAACAUACAUCUGUGGAUCCACCAUUCAUUAGACUGGAACCUCCGGUAUUUUCUAGAAUAAUUGUUAUCUAAGCGCUUUCAUCUUCAUUACCAGUGCAUUCUAGAAUGAAUGAUUUAAAUUUGAUUACAAUUAAAGUAAUUACAAGGUGUCGCCCUAAAUAACCUGGACUAGACAACAUUUAGCGUGUCUAAAUAGAUAAUUAAAAAAUAUUUUUUUAAUUGACCCACUUUCAAUGUGUUCUAAUCUUAUAGUGAUGAAUUUACUAUAUAAAAUUGAUUUCAUAUAAUUAUUUUUUUAAAGUAAAUUAAUUUUAAAAAUAGACAUGCUAAUGCGUCACCUUAUCAUUGUUUUUCAAUAUGUAUAUGCAUAUAAAUACAGGGUUACUCAUUAAUAAUAAGGCAUAACAUGUAGCAACUGGAGAUAUUGUACUCGCCAGCUAUGAUGAAUUUUUUAGGUCUUAAUAGCCACUGUUUUAGGAAUAUUAGUUGGUGUGACAAAUCAAUAGCUUCACCGGAGGGUCUGGUAGGGUUAUAAAUGCGUGACUUAACCUCAUCCUAGUUGGCGGUUACAAUUUCAUUAUUUAUAGUCUAGAGAAGAAAGGAGUGCAGUAAUUUAAUUUUCAGAACGUAGUACCUACAGGUUUAAGAGGUAGAUAUUUAUUUAUACCUCAUCCUUCAAUGCUUAUUUGUAGUUAAAAUGAAAAUUUUAAUACAUUUGAUGAGCC